UUAAAACCUAAUAUGGCGACGCUUGAGAGUAGCGAACAGUAAAUGAACAAAAGCCGUUUCAUUUAGUGAAGAAACUGGAAUUUUUCUGCGGUUUGUGAAGUGAGGCAGGAUGAAGGUGGUGAAUCUUAAACAGGCAAUCCUGCAGGCGUGGAAGGAGCGAUGGAGUGAUUAUCAGUGGGCCAUUAACAUCAACAAGAACUGCCCGAAAGGAGCUACGUGGGACUAUCUCAAUCUAGCAGAAGCUCUUCUGGAGCAGGCUAUGAUUGGCCCGUCACCCAACCCUCUGAUCCUGUCCUACCUGAAAUACGCCAUCAGUUCACAGAUGGUGUCUUACUCCAGUGUGCUGAGCGCCAUCAGCAAGUUUGAUGAUUUCUCACGGGAGCUCUGUGUCAAAUCAUUACUCGAGAUCAUGGACAUGUUCUCCCACCGGCUCAGCUGUCACGGGAAGGCAGAGGAGUGUAUUGCACUGUGUCGGGCGAUGCUGUGUGUGCUGGUGUGGCUCCUGCAGGGCUGCUCAUGUUACUGCGAGCGACUGCGUGAGCCUGCAGCCGUAUCUGCUGUCGAGAGCAGUCUGAGCGCCUGUCUGCAGCGCAUGCACGCUUUACUGCACAGCACCAAGAACAGAGCGCUGGUGCACAUCGCACGCCUCGAGGAGCAAGCAUCCUGGAGUAAUGUAGAGCAAGCUUUACUCAAGCUGUCUGAAAAUCUCAGCGCUGUGACCAAUCAGAUGCUGAAGGAGAAGCUGGAGGACUGCAUUUCAUUGGUCAAGAGUAUCCCUCAGAUGUUGUCUGUUCAGUGUGAUCCACCCGUGCACACAUCAUUCCCAUCAGUCCAUGCCUUCAUCAUGCUGGAGGGAACCAUGAACCUCACCGGAGAGACUCAGCCGCUGGUGGAGCAGCUCAUGAUGAUCAAGAGGAUGCAGCGUAUCCCCGCUCCGCUGUUUGUGCUGGAGAUCUGGAAGGCGUGUUUCACCGGACUCAUCGAGUCUCCUGAGGGUACAGAGGAGCUUAAAUGGACGGCCUUCACUUUCCUCAAGAUUCCUCAGGUGUUGUUGAGACUCAAGAAGUACCCACAGGCGGAGACCACACAGGAUUUCAUGGAGGAUGUGAAUGUGGCAUUUGAGUAUCUUCUGAAGCUCACUCCACUGCUGGAUAAAGCUGACCAGAGAUGCAACUGUGACUGCUUGAGUCUGUUACUGCAGGAGUGUAAUAAACUGGGGCUGCUGUCUGAGGCAAACACAGCCAAUCUCACCGCAAAACGGGCGGAGGACAGAGAACACGCUCCCAGACUGAAGACAGCAGAGAACGCCAACAUCCAGCCGAACCCCGGCCUCAUCCUGCGAGCAGAACCCACCGUCACCAACAUCCUGAAGACAGUAGAUGCAGACCACUCCAAGUCUCCGGAGGGGCUGCUGGGUGUUUUGGGUCACAUGCUCUCAGGGAAGAGUCUCGAUUUGCUGCUCGCCGCUGCCGCAGCGACAGGAAAACUCAAGUCUUUCGCUCGCAAAUUCAUUAAGUUGAACGAGUUUCCCAAACACAUCAGUGGAGAAGGAUCGAAGUCUGCGUCAGUGCGAGCGCUGCUGUUUGACAUUUCCUUCCUGAUGCUGUGCCAUGUCGUACAGACCUAUGGGUCAGAGGUGAUCCUGUCUGACCCCAGCCCGUCGGGCGAGACGCCCUUCUUUGAGACGUGGUUGCAGACGUGCAUGCCAGAGGAUGGGAAGACUCUGAAUCCAGACCACCCGUGCUUCAGACCCGAGUCUGGGAAGGUGGAGAGUCUGGUGGCCCUGCUCAACUCCUCUUCUGAGAUGAAGCUUGUUCAGAUGAAAUGGCAUGAAAUCUGUCUCAGCACUCCAGCGGCCAUAUUGGAGGUUCUGAACGCCUGGGAGAAUGGCGUCUUAUCAGUGGAGGCCGUUCAGAAGAUCACAGAUAACAUCAAAGGGAAGGUGUGCAGUAUGGCCAUCUGUGCAGUGGCAUGGCUGGUGGCUCAUGUUCGGAUGCUGGGAUUGGAUGAGAGAGAGAAACCUCAGACUAUGAUUCGCCAGCUCAUGACUCCAAUGUCAGGAGAGAACACCUUACAGUUCUAUCUUGAGCGUGUGGUGAUCAUGAGCUCAAUCCUGGAGCACAUGUGUGCAGAUGUCUUCCAGCAAACAGGACUGUCCCUGCGGCCAGCAAUCGAGGGUCCGGAGCCCAUUCCCUAUCGGAACCUUCUCCCGGCCCGCCAACCCAUACGUCAGGCCCUGCAGAUUCAGUUCAGGGAGGUUCUGGAGAAAGGCUGGGUGGAUUCACGUGCGUUCCACCUCUUUGAAAACCUGCUGCAUAUGGGAGGAGUGUUCUGGUUCACCAACAACCUGGUUAAGGAGCUGCUGAAGGAGACCCGUAAGGAGUGGGCAUCUCGUGUGGUGGAGUUACUAUACAGUAUCUUCUGUCUGGACACCCAACAGAUCACCCUCACUCUGCUGGGUCACAUCCUGCCCUGCCUCCUCACUGACCCCGCCCACUGGCACAGCCUGGCUGAUCCGCCCGGAAAAGCCCUCGCCAAGUUGUCAGUGUGGUGUGCUCUCAGUUCAUACUCGUCUCAUCAUAAGGGUCAAGCUUCAGCACGACAGCGCAAGAGACAACGCGAGGAUAUAGAGGACUACACCAGCCUGUUUCCAUUGGACGACACGCAGCCAUCUAAACUGAUGCGCCUGCUGAGCUCUAAUGAAGAUGAGACGGUUGUGCUGUCCUCUCCAGGUGAUCGUUCCAUGAGCAGUUCACUGUCCGCCUCUCAGCUUCACACGGUCAACAUGAGAGAGCCGCUCAACAGAGUGUUAGCAAACCUGUUCCUGUUGAUUUCAUCUCAGCUGGGCUCUAAGACAGCGGGCCCUCACACACAGUUUGUCCAGAGCUUCAUCGAGGAGUGUGUGGAGUGCUUGGAGCAGGGCAGCCGUGGCAGUAUACUGCAGUUUAUGCCCUUUACCAUGAUUUCUGAACUGGUGAAGCUCCAAACGCUGGCUAAACCUAAAACUGUGCUGUCCAUCAGCGAUCUGAGCCUUCCACUGGGGCGGCGAGUGGCUGCUAAAGCCAUCGCUUCUCUUUAGAUGAAUACACUUCACCAUCAGCCUCAUUCACUCUAAACCAUGUUUUGAAGUCAAUGUAUUAGCCUUUAUAUCCAGUGGCACACAACUUAUGAACAGCACCAUGUGUUGUGCUGCAACACACACUCGACAUCAAAAGCCUCUGACCUCACAUUUUUGUAGAAUUUUAAGAGUACACAGACACCCUCCCCGAGAGAGCACUGUCAUAUCAUCUUCAGAUGUUUCCAGUAAGCACUGAGGAACUGUAAGAACCCUUGGAGGGGUUUGAUGUCAGAAGGACAGCUCAGUGUUAGUUUUGAUUUGACAUGUGGUAACACCUGUGAACUGGAGGAGUAACUGACUGCUGAUGGAGAGCUCAUUUAUUUCCAUCAUUCUAAAAUGUAAACCGGAAGUAACAUUUGUGUUUUGUUUGUUUUAUACAUUUCUUGUAUUGGGUUUUUUACAUCUUCAUUUUUGUCUUUUUGUCAUUUAUAAUGCAAAACAACGACUAUGAUUUGGAUUUCCUGUAAAUUAUGAAAACCCAACAAUAUAUUUUUACUAAA